CGUGACAACCAACAUACAGACGCAUAUUAAUAGCAGCGUUUUCGAAUUCGACUUGAGAACGAACUCUGCAACAGAAUUGUACACAAAGAGUAGCAUAGCUAAGCGAUGUUUUCCUCUAGCUUUACGGCGGUAAUUGCAAUUUCCGUCAUCACUUUAACGUUUUCAGCAGAAAUACCGAACCUAAAACUGGGCGAUGGAGCACCUCCGUUCAUGAUUCAAGCAAGGAAGGCAGAUCAGUACGAUACACUAGAAAUCUUAAAAUACGGAACAAACGAUUCAAACAUUCACGGACCAAUCGUGUUUCUGGCGCACACCAAAAGAUCCGGCUUCUUGGAGAGUCUCUUUAGCGACCCAGAAUGUUUCAACAAGCUGAUAGACAUUUCACCCGAUAAUGUCAAUUACGUGUUUUUGUUCUAUGCCGAUUCUGCGCCAACAGCUUGCAACAACGAAGUCAAAGCAAUGGCUGACGAGUUUGCAAACAGGUUUUAUGAUGCCAUUAUCUCAUACACCAAACGCAAAAGGUAAGUACGCAAGUUAAUUUGGCCAAAUUUUACCUCAAUCCCGUAAUCCCGACGGCUUUCAUUGACUAGUCCCGAUCCCCAAACAGCUUUCGGGAAAUUUUUUCGAGGAGCCUCUCAUCCCCCACCCCCCACCCACCUCAAACUGAAUACAUUUAACAUUUGAGGACAGUCGACGUUAGGAGCUUUGGUUUCUUCAUUAAAAAAAAUUUGCAUUUUAUUUGAGUUGUUAAAGUGCAAAUUGAAUGUACUUUUUGUUCCUUUCCUAAUGGAGCGGGACCGCCAUUUUACGUGGUCAUCUGAGCCACGCAAAGGUCCAGCCGUUUGCAGUAGAAGGCAGCAUCUUCGUUUCUCAGUUAUUUUAAUACCGUGAGUAUUGGUCCGGUCUUACCUGCGAUCAGGCGGUCCUUCUUCCCUUUUGUUUUGCAGGUUAGGUUCGGUCCUGUGAAUCGAACCCUCGACCUCUUGCUCUGCAGUCAAGCACUCUGCAGACUGAACUUAUCGUGACGCGGUUUCUGUUCCUCCAUAUCCCAGCGGGACGGAAUAAGGGUGGGCCGGGUUGAGGGGAUGGCUGUCCCUUCAACCAAACUACUCCAAGAAGCCUUGUAUUCGAUGAUAUGACUGCAAAUCCAAAACAUUUCCUCCUGUUUUAAGGUAGCCUGCGGACACAGUCGUCUCGCCUCGCUUCCGCCGCCGUCUUGGCUGUUUUCUCAGGCUAGUUUUUCAGUAGAACAGACUUUUUUUUCAUAUUUCAGUUGCAGAUUGGAAAAACUGAGAUGGCCCUCCAAUCGAGUUCGCAGCCAGUUUGAUGAGUAUGAGUUUAAUGAAAGAAGCCCUCUCCCAUCAGAGUUCCAACAAAAUUGGCUAUCACGUGUUCAUUUCGCGGUUUUUCCUGUAUCCACCCUGGGUAACUGGAUUCCGCGUGUACUGUCCCAGUGGUACUGUUCCGGGCAUAAUUGUGGGCUGGACCAGAUUGUGGUUGAAGACGAGCAAGGUAACUAGCCUGUGUACAGCCUCCCCCCACAAACAAAUCGGAAAGUUUGGUUGAGGGGAGGGAGCGCGGUCAUUCUCUUUUAUGAUUGGCCAAAGUUUCCACUUUGCUUCUGGUCAGUGACAAACUUUAUUUCCCUUGCAUUUAUAAGAAGAGAUUUAAAGAAGACUGUUCCGAGCGAUCUUGCCCUCCUCGGGAUUUGGCUCUUUGGUACGGCAAGAAAGAGUUUUCUUUGUGGCCGUGUGUAAUAAAUCCUUCAUUGACCAAGCUUGUUUUAACGCGAAAAAAAUAAUUCUGCCAAUAUCGCAUGUACACUAACAAACUAAUUCAUUGCUCUUCUGACAUAGGUGAAAUGGUUUGCGUGGCGAGGCGUUUAGACGCUCGAUAUGAUUGGUUGCCUUCCCCGGAUACCCUCGCCAAAUAUGGUCAUCUGUUAGUUGUCUAUGUGGGUGACGCAUGCUCACCAGAUACGUUCGUCAAUAGAGCCGCUGGUCACCUUGCCCUUGUUUCCAAUGAAACCGGAAACUGUUCAUACCUCAUAAAGGUACGUUUAUAGGGAACUUUUAUAGCACAUAUCCUGUUGAAAACAAAAUAAACUGAGAUUUCAAUUUAAUAGACCUUUUCGUUAAACACAUGCAAGAAAUGCGGUGGGCUAACCAUAUACAAAGUUCCUCGAAAUUUCCACUUUUUCUUUGGGUUUGCCUUACUUUUGCCAUAGUUUAUGAAGAAAAAAGCGUAAUGUUUUAUUUUUCCUCGAAGUCUGAUUUCAAAACUUUUAAAUGCCCUGAAGUCGAGUUUGAUGUAAGAAAAUGGGCCAGUAUUUGGCAGCGUUAGCGCACCGACGAAAUAAACGAUGCUUCGCUCUAGCUAUAGCUACUCUGUUUAAUAAUGUCCUCUCCUUGAGGGAUGACCGGCCAUCCAGUUCACCAUGAGCUUCGCUCUUGAGUUUGUUCCAGUUAUUUUUUUACCCUAAGCAUUAUUUUUUUAAGAAAUAAGUGCGACUGAUGAUGCAUAAGAAAGAAAACCUUUUUACGCGCAUCUUUAUCAUCUUUCAAAACGUUAUAAAAGGGUAUCAAGAGGGCUAAUGUAAGACAGAUCUUACACUUUGUUACUUUUUCUCUCAGGUUCAGAACUGUCAGAAAAAUGGCGCGCUGGGUGUUUUAGUUUUUGCUCGCCAGAAUCAGCCUCUAGAGGACAUGAACUGUCAAGGAUCCGAGUGCAACACCCAACUCAACAUUCCAGCUUCCAUGAUUACAUUUGAUACAGGUUUUAAAAUAAAAGGUAGCAGCCGAUCGUACAUCCGCUUUCAAAACACUCCCUCUGACGUUUUUGCAUUUGGAAUUGACGGACAAGGGAAAGUGCAAGAGACAGGCUGGUUUUUGUAUCCUUCAAUGCGGUUCUUGGCCUACCAGGCGCAAUGGUGAGCAGAGAAUGACUAGAACCACACAUCGAUAUUUGUUUGAUGUCACGUUUACAUUUAAUGUCCUCCUAGAGCUGCGAUCCUUCUGGUCAGCGCUGCGGCUCUCAAACUGUGGCGCUGACCAAAAGGAUUGCAGCUCUGGGAACUAGAAUGGCCUGGAUACACGCAGUCUGCAAGUAAAGCUCUCCAAUUGUAAAUAACGAUUCGAAAGUCACGCACACGAGCCCCUCAAGAUUGACAAAUUGGAAUCUGUGAACAAUGCCUUUUUGAAUAGCUUAAUUUUCAACCGUCCGCGGUAUAUCCAUUGGUUUUUAAAGCGUUAUUUUUUUUCUGACGGAUGUUUGGAUCCUCAGUUUAGGAGGUUGAUCCUGGAAGCUUAGGUAAAUUAAACCUGCUAAAACCUUUUACCGUAUGAACUAACCGGUUUUAUUGUGUUUUGUCCACUGCAGGUUUAACUACAAAACCAAUUUGCUUAAAAACUUAACAACACGAGAUGCUGUUGUAAUAAAUGUGUUCAACCACACAGUCAUGCAAGGAGAGAAAGGAGUUACUGCAACAGUUGAGAUACCGUCUAUUGAUGGUGAGAAGCAAACUAACAGGCAGAUUUAGAAAUGAAACGCGACGACAGUGACGAUGGCGCGCACAGAUCUUAAUCUGGCUUGACCAUACCCUGGGUUCCUUUAGAGGUUUUUUCUCGCGUGCGGCUCCACGAUUUGGACAGCGCGGAAACCGGAAACCGCGCAUGAAAAGUCUCUGGCGCCCAGGGUAGCCCAGCAGUUAAGCCCAGCAGCAGAGCGGAAAGUUGAGCACUGGAAGUCGUGCUCAGUUUCUUCCGCGCUCUUUCUCGUUCUCAUUUCACGUUGCGUUGUCGUGCCUAUUAUGGGCUGAUCUAGAAAAAGAACGGGAACGUCAUUUGAUGACGGGAAAGAGCGCAGAACGGACUAAACUCGACUUCCAGUGCCCAAUUUGCUGCGCAGCCAUUGGUCAAGCCAGUUGUUUGAUUUGCGCGCGCCGUCGUUAAAUGACGUUCCCGUUCUGUUGCUAAAUCAGCCUCAUAUAUCACACACGGGAAGUGAAAUAUGACUCGAUGCGCAACGAAGUGUUUUUGACGAACUUUGAGUUGGUUAAUGGCAACGAGAACGGCAAUAAUGCAAUAGGUUUUAGAUUAGCCGAGCAGAACAAUGCACACGUGUUUUGGUACAUUUCUCUCCCUGCUUUUUGAACUGAUAAUGGUGUUUCUUCAGGUAGACUCCAAGAAAAACAAAUCUAGUUUUCCUAACAGAAGUCGAACCUGUGACCUUCUGGUUACUACUCCAGAUGCGCUAACAUUAAGGUAGCCUGUUCCAGGCGUUUAGAUAGUAGAGUGCGGCGCGAAUUCAGAUGCAACAGCAAGCGGUUUUUCAUGAGAUACCAAAAAGCGCGACAGUCUGUGUUUGUCUUUGUCUGGGAAGUGAGGUAAAAUCCGUUUUUUGAUUGAAACACUGAGUGUUCGACCUAUUACUGUUGCUAGGGUGUUCCGGAGGUGCAACUGUGAUAUGUCUAGUCUAUCAUUACGGGCCCUAAAGUCUUGAAAUUUGACCCUGUCCCAGUAUUACGGCCAAGUUUUACCCGUUGGUGAUCGUAUUAACGGGGCUUCAUGACUGAAAGCGGAGUGCCCGCACAACUAGACUCUAAGAUACUGACGGGGCUCCGGUCUCCCCGGGAAAUAAUUUUCUACGCCCUGCGGGUUUCAUCAAUUUUACCUUAAAACCGAUGUGUUGGCCCCUGGGCCCCCGUCCCGGACCCCUCCCCUAGAUCUGCCCUUGAUUUUUAACAAACUGUACUCUUUUCUGUGUGGUUUACCGUUAUGUGAAACUUGACGAUUCCUGUAUCUCUCUCCAGAUCUCCAGCGUUACGAGCACGUGGAGCUAGACUUUUCUUUAUCGUGUCCAGGCUCUACAGACGACCCUUGUGCACACUGGGAUCACACGGUACAGCUAUACGUUUGCUGUAACUCUGCCAGUAAAUUGUGUGGCCUGGAACUAGGCCGGUGGAUAACGCCUUUUAGAAGGUGAAUUUCGUCAGCUUCUCAUCCAAUCGACAUUUAAAACUCCCAAAUCGCCGGUGUCACGGUGAUAUGGGUAUCCCCGCGUUUUGGGCAUCCCCAUUCCCAAAACCCUAGAGACGUAACCCUAACCUUAAUCCAAUUCGCUAAGGUAAUAUAAGUAGGUGAUGCCCAUGGCAUAUCACUUGGGUUUUGGGAUUAGGGAUGCCCAAAAUGCGGGGAUGCCCAUAUCAAUGUAACACCGGUUCAAUUAAUGAAAAACUUGUAAAUUAAUGCAUGCCAAUUUAGGGGUUUCUUAUUAUCAAGGAUAAGCACAGUCAGUUAAGGCGCAGUCUUCUGUGCGGAAGGUUCCGAGUUUGAUUCCCAGGUUUGACCUUAAAUCCUUGUUUCGAUCAUUUUUUUUUGCUUGAACUAGAUUUACCCCACUCCAGCCGAACUAUUAGGGGAAUGGGUACAAGCUUUCGGCGUAAUGUUUUCUGGGAUCGUAUGAGUGGACAAGCGUUGGUUAUAAGUCGGUCUAUUUUAACUAAGACAACCAUCAUAAGUAACAUCAUCAUCAUCAUCAUCAUUUUUAUUAGCAAAUUUUACAGGAUGCAGCAGGUUGUUAGGCGAGAAGACCUCCAGUAAUCACCAGGCUUACAAAGAAAGGCGCACCUCGACAUCACAAUAUUAUAAGAAAUAAGGGCUGCGCAGAAGUGCGGCUAAACUUAAAGAUGCAUCCGCACUGCUUCGCGACCUAGCCCACCUAACGCUUGUCAUCCCAUGUGAUUCCAAAAACUAUUCCCCUUGCAGUUUCUGGAGCGGGAAAAACCAGUAAAACGAAGCACUGAUGAAGACAAGGGGGUAAAAUGAGCGCAACGUCGGUGUUAUGAGGACUGUAUGAGUUCCCGAUUUAAAACAAGGACCUUUAUACCUUUGCCAUACGCAAGGUUCCUACCAUACAUACAUAAUCCCCAUAUAUCACUCCCGGGGUAAAUGGCACCUUGCAGACCUUCAAACAAUAGUUUUAUUUCUUUGCUAGCCUGCGUAGCCAGGUAGCAGGCGCCCUUUAUUUGUUUUUACGGACCGCGCGAGAGGAACGCGAGAAGACGAGACGAGGCCUCAUCUCCAUUCUCCCCUCGUGCGAGCCGUCUUCGAUAUUUCUGAUUUCGGCCUAAAAAAACCUACCCCUAAAGCGCAGGCUAUCACAUUGCAAGUGCGUCGCUUGGUUGCUAUGCAACAAUAUAUAUAUAUAUAUAUAUAUAUAUAUAUCUUUUCGGAUUGAUAAUGGGUAACUGGUGUACAUUUUUGAUUUUCUUAAACGUGCAAACUUCAUAACCAUUUUGUGAAUUUUGUUUGCAUUGUCGCCUUUGGACUUCCAUAAGACAAUACUCACGGAAAUGGACUAAAUAUAUAGGUUGAUUUUAUACGAUUAUUUUAUAGUUGAUUUUACUUCUUCCCUUAACAGGCGCAUCGGACGCUGGUUAACUCCUGUGAAGCCGUUGAUACCUUUGCUUCAAACUACAGACCGCAGCUCAAAAAAUAAAUGCGUCUUCACCGUGAAAACUGUUCCAUGGGCGAUGGCUUGGGUUCCGUCGCUUAACAUCAGGCUUGUUGGAAAAGUGCAAGGUAAAAAAAUACAAAAUUACAUCUUUCUAAGUCACCAUACUGUUCCAGGUUUAAAGAGAAAGGGGAACCAGAACUGUAGAGCAUUAACUGCAGAUUUUAACCUUCGCUAUCGUUCCCUAUUUAUCAGGGUGAAAAUACUUUGUUAAAAGAGCAAAUAUAUUGUGAUUUUAGAUUGACAUCUAUUGAUUUGAGUCAUUCAUUUUGUGAACAGAGCAACGUUCGUCAAACAGCAGUUUACAAUUUGUUUAAUGAACUCACAAAACCCCAUCAAACUUGCACAAGUGUGCCGCUAUACCGAAUUUUUCCAUCAAUUAGGUAGUUGCCGGUCGUUUUGAUUCCCACUAUGGCCAUGCAAUUCAUAACAUUACGGUUCAAUUACUCCUCAUUAAAAUGUAUACGUAAUGUCGAAUAAAGAGAUAUGACCAUACUACUUGCUACAUCUCUGUUAGAGUGGUUUUCGUUUGAGUGUCGUAAAACCAAAACCAAAGUAAUUACUCUGGCCAAUCACAUAGGACACAGACAAUACAUUGAACCAAUCAAAACUCGAAGUAAUUACAUGUGGCUGACGCAAAGCGCGGGAAAAUGCAUGCGAGCGCGUCACAAUUGGCUUUGGUUUUACUUCUGAUUGGAUGAAAAGGUGGCGCGAAUCUUUUAAGCCAAUCGCAUCGUGUAGAAAGUGCAAAACCAAUUACUUUUCGACACUCAAAUGAAAACCGCUCUAACUGCUACUUACUAAAUCUUACUAAAUCUGUUAAUUGCCAUUUAUCUUUGCUUUCAGUGUUAAGGCAUUACACCACAUAUCAUUCAAUGGAGAAAUCACUCGCCCCUUUCCAAAUCGUUCCACUGUUUCGAGGAGGAACAUUCGACAAGCAUUACAACAGCAAGUACUCUCCCUUUUCGUUCGUUCCUCCGAGUGAAACCGAACGGGUCAAGCUUGUAGCUGUCAUAACAGGCCACGGCAGCGAUAACAACAACUGCGCUGAGUUCUGCGUCACGUCGCAUCACUUCAUAGUUAACAAGGAACACAACUACACCCGUGUAUUCAGCAACGCAGGCACCGCCAUGGGAUGCGCGGAUCGCGUUCCUGAGGGCGUGGUCCCAAAUGAGCAUGGCACGUGGCUGUAUGGGCGUGACGGGUGGUGUGAUGGACAAGAAGUGAUUCCGUGGGUAGUGGAUAUAACCAGUGCGCUUAAGCCCUCUAACAACACCAUACAGUAUUUUGGCUGGUUCAACAACACGGAUCCUAACCCCACCCGGGACCCUGGAGAGAUCAUCAUGUAUUCUUACUUGGUUUAUUACAAGUAUCUUGAUGCAGAAAUCUCAAGUGCCGAUUUACAUUAA